AUGAGACUGGGACAUCCCUUGCGUACAAAUAAGGAUGGCGCGCUAUGCGGGUCUAUCAUAUCUGACGUCCACAAUCGACUUCGCAGAUUCGGAGCAAUUCUUGCUGACCUUAAAAAUCAGUGUGCUUCAGCCUUAUCUGAAAACGUACUCGAGGAGGUGCAACAACGAAUUAAUGUCACAGCCAAGGAUGCGAGACUGAGGAAGAGAGUUGACCUCCAGAUGGAAUUCCAGUCCCUGCUCCGUCCCAUGAAUGAAAGAAGCAUGGGCACGAGAGUUGUUAACAUCUCGAAAAGGCAUCUCCUACCGGCUGAAAUCAACCUUUUGUCUAAGGAUAUAGGAUUUAAUCCUACGGAUGCUACUCCUACCAGCUUUCUAGCUGGUCUUGAAUCCAUUAUAUUGUCCUCUGUCCUACCUGAAGACAAGCGCGCUGACAUACCCAGCUGUGCCACUGGUAUCCUCCGGCAAAAAAGAGACCAGCAAACUCUACCAGCUGAAGAGGCGCAAGGAUUGCGAGCACUGAACUCGGACCACAGUAUUGUUGUUGUUCCCGCCGACAAAGGUGGUGCUACCGUCAUCAUGGACAAAACUGACUACGUCAACAAGGCGAAUAUAAUCUUCAGUGACACGGGUUCUUAUACCAUUCUCGCCAAAGACCCAACGAAAAAGCAAGCCGCAGCCAUCAAGAAAAAGGUCACUGAGCUUGCUCGUCUGAAAGUUAUAGGUCCAGAUGACUCAAAGUUUAUGACUCUCAGUGAUCCCCAUAUCGCACCCGCGUAG